AUGGGUUCCAGCAUAACCAACCCUUCCGGACUGGCCCUGGAAAGGGGCAUGUGGGCUGCAGUUGCAGUAGCCACCUUUAUUCUCAUUCUCCGAAUCAUUGCGAAGAUCAAGAUUCGCAACUUUCGCAUUGACGAUGUGUUGAUGAUCAUAGCCUGGGCACUGACACUCGCAUCCACGGUCAUUUUGACGCUUUCUGUCCAAAAUGGCUUCGGCACGAAUCUCACCAAACUCCCGUUCCAUUACACCUCGAAGGUGCUGAAAUACAUCUCCUUCGAAGUACUCCUUGUCACCCUUAGCACUGGCAUCGCCCGCUCAUCUUUUGUCCUCUAUCUGUUGGCUAUCCUCGGGGGAAAGAAGAAGUAUUGUGUCGCAUUAUGGAUUGUCAUGUUGCUGCAGCUCAGCGCCAACAUCGUCUCUGCGGUGCUGCCACUUUCCAUCUGCCGCAACGCUCGGGUUCUUUGGGAUCCGACCGUGAAGACAACAUGUGGUAGUAGUGUCGCGGUCGUCAAUUUCUCCUACUUUUCGUCAACCGUCAACUCUGCUACUGAUCUCUUCCUCGCGGUGUUCCCCACGAUUAUUUUCUGGAACCUAAACUUGAAGCUGCGGAUCAAAAUCAGUUUGAUUAUCCUGCUUAGUCUCGGAAUAGUUGCUAUGGUCGCCUCGAUCAUCAAGACCACCAAACUCAAGGAAGUCCCCAGCAUCACCAACCUCGGUGCCGGCGGUGCGGUCGAGCUGAUUCGCUGGGGUUUUUCGGAGAAUCUGAUUAUUAUCAUCACCUCCUCCGUGCCCUGCAUCCGACCUCUACUUAUCUCGUCUGUGAGAAAGCUUUCAAGUGCGGCGCGUUCUCGCUCCUACGAACUCAGUGGUCCGCUCUCCGGCCAGAAAGGAACCGCGAAGAACGGCACCUUCCAGUCUCAUGCGCAGGAGCAGCCCAGUACGGACAACCGCGAUGACUGCGACAGUAUCGAGCAGAUCCUUAAGGAUAGCUACCAUUCGGGGUCGAUGGUGGAGUCCGGGCGCGGGAUUAAGAAGCAGGUUGAGAUCUCGGUGGUGUCCAACCAAAAGGGCAGCCGCUGGGGUAGUGACCGGACUAGCCGCUCAUAG